AUGGAGAACAGUUCCCGUGACUGGUCCAAUUUUCCAGACCACCUACUCGCCACCAUUGCAGACCGCCUCCCCACUAGAAUCGACACUCUCCGCUUCUGCGCCGUCUGCACCUCAUUUCGAGCCGCCCUCCCUCCUCCUCCGCCACCAAACCCAUACUCAGACAUCCACUAUUUCCACCACUCUCCCACCUCCAACUCUCCCAUACACUUCUUCUUCAUUGCCCAGUCUACCGUUUACGCCAUCCAACCCCUCUCACAAAUCUCCCAUCCUCAUCACACCCCAGGAGCCUGGCUAGUCAAAGUCGAAGAUUCACCGUCCGGAGAUGUCAAACUCCUGGAUCCCUUCUCCACAUCUCAAGUCAAGAACGUCUCCGAUAAGUUACCAGGGUCAUUCAACUUACUGGAUUAUCGCGUUAAGGAGAUAAGUAAAGGAUACAGACUUGAAUUAGCUACAGACUUUAUUUCUUCAUGGUGUAAUGGUCUGUAA